CCAGAGAGAGAGAGAGAGAGCCAGCCAUGGAGGGCACACAGAGGCAGAGCGCGGCGCAAGUGCGCUAUACACUGCCCCCAUCUCGCUACUCAAGCGAAGACAUACUCUUCUGCAUCGAUUCGGACACCGAAUCGCUGGUUGAGAUGAAAGUGACGGGCCCCAAUGGUCGCCCCAUCACCCGAUUGGACUCAAUCAAGCAAGCCAUCCGCCUCUUCAUCAAUGCCAAGCUCUCCAUCAACCCUGACCACCGCUUCGCCUUUGCUUCUCUCUCCAAAUCCGCUUCUUGGCUCCGAAAAGAAUUUACAAGUGAAGUGGAGUCAGCAAUGGCUGCAUUUCGAGGGUUGACAGUUGAAUCAUCUUCUGGUCAUGCAGAUCUCACCCAGCUAUUUAGAAUGGCAGAUCAUGAAGCAAAGAAAUCUCGUGCCCAGAAUCGGAUUCUAAGAGUGAUCCUAAUCUACUGCAGAUCAUCUGUGCAACCCCGACACCAAUGGCCAGUGAAUCAGAAACUCUUCACUUUUGAUGUGAUUUACCUUCACGACAAGCCUGGGCCGGACAAUUGUCCCCAGAAGGUCUAUGAUGCACUCGUGGAUGCUCUUGAACAUGUCACCGAGUACGAGGGUUACAUCUUUGAGACCGGACAGGGGCUGUCGCGUGUUCUUUUCCGUCACAUGUGUGUGCUUCUGUCACACCCUCAGCAAAGAUGCCUGCAGGAUAACAUCGAUAUUCCCAAAUCCCUCACAAAAAAGUCGCCCACAGCUGACGCAGCGCCGGCUGAAGAGCCUGUUCCAGUAACCAGCCAGUGAACGUUAACAAUGAAAAUGUGUUGUUACUUUGGAUCCUUGUAUAACCUUUCCUCCAGGUCCUGAGCAAUAUGAAGCUAUAAGUAUUGUCAUGUAAUCCUUUCGCCCCCCUUUCUAUAUGAAUUUGUAUAUACCUUUUUUGGGUGCUUUUUCUGGAUAUCUUUGAAUUUGAAUCUGAUUUUGUGACCCACCCCCCCAAAAAGAAUACUGCAAGAUUUGACUGUGGAAA